AUGCUGGGUCCUCCGUGGAGCUUGAGCUCCAUGGCUACUGCAGGCUCUGUGAGUCCCCCUUCCAGUCCUUCCUGGAGCACGGGAUGGGCAGGGUGGGCAAGGGGACAGCCAGGGCCAGGGCUCACAGCCCAUAGCCCACAGCCUACCCUGACUCCUUUUUCUACGCAGGUGAGUGAAGCUGAGGGUGGAAUCCCAGAGCGGGAGGAGAAGGAGGUAGCAGAGGGGAUGCCCAUGGGAAAAGAGGCUCCAAACUCUCCGAGGACUUCACUGUCUCUGAGAGGGAAGGCCCAGGUGGGGAGCCCCAUGAAAGUCAAGCGGGAGCUGCACCCCCUGCAAAACAGGUGGGCUCUGUGGUUCUUCAAGAACGACCGCAGCCGGGCCUGGCAGGAUAACCUGCACCUGGUCACCAAGGUGGACACUGUGGAGGACUUCUGGGCGCUGUACAGUCACAUCCAGCUGGCCAGCAAACUCUCCUCCGGCUGUGACUAUGCCCUGUUCAAGGAUGGCAUCGAGCCCAUGUGGGAGGACAGCAAGAAUAAGUGGGGUGGCCGUUGGCUGGUCAGCCUGGCCAAGCAGCAGCGCCACAUUGAGUUGGACCGGCUGUGGCUGGAGACACUGCUGUGUCUGAUCGGGGAGAGCUUUGAGGAGCAUAGCAGGGAUGUUUGUGGGGCCGUCGUCAAUAUCCGCACCAAGGGGGACAAGAUCGCCGUGUGGACAAGGGAGGCGGAAAACCAGGCAGGCGUGCUGCACAUUGGGCGUGUAUACAAAGAGCGCCUGGGCCUCUCCCCAAAGACCGUCAUUGGGUACCAGGCCCAUGCAGACACAGCCACCAAGAGCAACUCCCUAGCCAAGAACAAGUUUGUGGUGUGA